CUCGUGAAUUGAGUCUAAUGUAGGAGGCAUUAGACAGUAAACGGGUUUUAAAACAACAUUCUUAAAUCAACAAACACAUCAUAAGACGCAACAUGGCUUUUGCCAUUCCUAUGGUUAUAUUUACACUGUUUUGGGGAUUUGUUGGAGGGGUGAUACCAUGGUUUAUUCCGAAGGGACCAAACAGAAGCUGGUUGAUAGUCAUUCUCUCCCAGCUGAAUCCACUGUUUGGACCUGCUUUGAGUAAUGACACUAUUUGGUAUCUGCAAUUCCACUGGCGCUGACUCUGCCCACGACUCUGCCCUCAAUUACUGAGAAAGGCCUAGGAGGACCAAGGACAAAGAGAGAGAGAGAGAGAGAGCGAGAGCGAGCGAAAGCGAGAGAGAGUCUGGCAUGUGGCCCGGGAGCGCAGGCAGAUCUAAGUCCUCCAGACUGUCCCACAAGGCCCUGAGCUCAGACCCUCCCACCAAUGGAAUCCUUGGCUUAGUUUAUAUUUAUUUUAUUAACCACACAGUUACUAAGUAUUUUGGGUUAAAUGGUCUCUGAAUAUAUGAUAUAGGAUUUUCAGCCAUGAUUGAAUGCACAUGACCUUGCUCAUCCUAUCAGCUUUAAGUGUUUCUCGAAACUCAUGUUGUGUUGUCUAUUCAUCUUACCAACUUGUCUGUUACAAUGAAUAUUUGUAGAUGCCUCAAAAUUCGUAAUUUUGUUUUUGUACUGUACAUUUUUGGGGACAAAAUGUGCCCAAGCAAGUCCUGUACAGGCAGUAAUGACAACUAAAUGAGUUAACCUAGUCUGUAUGUUCCAUGUUUAUCUUAUCAUGACUGAUUUUUCCCAACAUAGUAACAAUGUCAAAUCACAGUACAUAACAUAUAGUAUUAUGGCAGAUCUAUUCAAAGAUGGUAUUUAUAAUGUACAGUAUUUUAUUUGUAAACUCUAAGGACUUGAGUUUCAUGCUUGCACCAAGUAAGUGUAACCUAGGGCCUUUGGAAAAAUAUAAUUGUCAUUAUUGAAGUAUUUAUAUUACUUCCAUAUAAUAUAAAUGUCUGGAUAACCGUAUUAUAGCAUCUGAAGUGUGUGCAAUGUUGCUGUAGGAUACCGUAAUUUACUUGCAAAGUUUUGGGUCAAUCCUAAAGCUUCACUGCGAUUGGUCCGUGAAGGACCACGUGACUAGGUAGUCACGCGCUUUCCAGGAACCUGUCAGGAAGAAGAAAAACAAAACAAACGCAAGAGAAAGGUAGCGUGGACUCCAUUGAAAUGGCUUUGUUAUUGCUCAGAUAGGAAUAAACACGAAGCGAAACACGACACAAAACUUUCAUAUGGGGUUUCUAAAGACACCAGGCAUCAGAAGAGAACUAGACUUCCAUGAGUUCACAGAGUUUUCCACAAUAAAGAAGACUCUUUUUGUUAAUUAACUCAUAGAUUUUUCUACUGUCGGUUGACAUCAUCCAAAGACGACUGGGACACAAGGUGGAGGAAGAAUUCACAAUAAGGAACAGCGAUCGGUGCUCGGCGAUGCCUCAGCCCGGCAUCAGUGGAAUGGAUCUUCCCUUUGGGGAUUUCUUUCAAAAUUAUACUUUUGCUGAUCAGUCGCUGACCAGCACGGACCUGUUGGCGAGUAGCACAGACCCAGACUUCAUGUACGAACUGGACAGAGAUAUGACUGGUCGCCAAAGUCCUAGAGUUGAUCACUUCACGGUGGGGGACUGCAAGGAGAUGAUGGAGUGUGGGGAGCACCUCAUGGAGCUGGUGGACAGCGAUCCGGCCUACAGCUCUAACUUUGAGCAGUGGGAUACGUACUGGGAGGACCUGACCAAGUACACCCGUUUCACCAGCUGUGACAUCUGGGGCACCAAGGAGGCAGGCCUGGAUGACUUCUCCAGCCCCUACCAGGACGAGGAGGUGAUUGGCCGGACCCCCACCCUGGCCCAGCUCAACAGCGAGGACUCACAGCCCCCUGUGUGCGACACGCUCUACCACCCUGAUCUGCUGAUAGGGGGCCAGAAGCAGCACACCUCCCUCCACCCAUCUCCCCUGAGCAAGAAAACAGCCGCCCGCCCCGGGCCCUCCUCUUCCUGCUCCAACCUGGUCAGGAACCCCCUGGGCGACUUUGCCAAGGGUUCCCAGAAGGCCACCUGGCCUGUCCCGUCCAGCACAGAGACAAUGUCCAAGGCCCAGGGGACCAGCAAGAUGGCCACCCUGGGCUACCACUGCAAUGACUACGUGCGCAAGGCAAAGGUUCGCGUCAGCAUGCCCCACCGGCCCCUAGUCGACAUGCCCUCCCAUCAGGUUGAGGCUGAAAACCACUUCACGUACAGCAGCAAGCCCCCUGAGCUGGCCACCACGUCUGGCUGUGCUGCCCCCGUGGCUGCUCCUGCUACUGCAGCCUCUGCCUCCGCCUCCGCCAGCACCCUGGCCUAUGAGAAGACAGUAGAGCUGCCUCGCCGGGAGAUGCCACCUGCCUCAGUGGGCACGUCUGGAGCUGUGCCCCCCAUACUCCACUACCCUGUAGCUGGGGCUGGUGCCAGCGAGACCCUGCUGACUGCCAGUGGGAGUGACCCAGUCUCUGACAAGAAGAAGGAAGAGGAGCACAACUACUCCUUGUUCCUAACCCGAGCCAGGCUGGCCGGAAAGCCCUCACUGAGAUGGAGGAAGAGGAGGAGGAAGAGGAGGGAGGAAGAGGAGGAGGUGGGGGAGGACGAAGAAGAUGCUGAGGGGGUGGAGCUGGAUGAAGAUCUGGAUGAAGAUCAUGAUGAGGGUUUUGGCAGCGAGCAUGAGCUCUCUGAGAACGAUGAUGAGGAAGAUGAGGAGGAGGACGAUGAUUAUGAGGAGGAUAAAGAUGAGGACAUGAGCGACGCCUUCUCCGAGCCAGGUAGCCAUAUAUCAGGAUGUGACAAUGACGCGGUGGAGGACGUGAAGGGGCUGACGGCAGGGAUCUCCAGGAAGAGGGGCAAGCGCCGCUACUUCUGGGAGUACAGCGAGCAGCUCACCCCCUCCAAGCAGGAACGCUUGCUCAAGCCCUCUGAGUGGGACAGAGAGACCCUGCCCAGCAACAUGUACCAGAGGAACGGCCCACACCAUGGGAAGUACACUCUGAAGAAGUCUCGGCGGACGGACGUGGAGGACUUGACCCCUAACCCUCGGAAGCUGCUGCAGAUCGGGAACGAGCUACGUAAGCUCAACAAAGUGAUCAGUGAUCUGACCCCGGUCAGUGAGCUGCCCCUCACAGCCCGCCCACGCUCCCGCAAGGAGAAGAACAAACUGGCCUCUAGGUACUGGAUACUCACCUUGAAACCUUUAAAAUAUUUUCAAUUCUCGCUCUCCAGAACCUUCUCUUUCUGCUUUGUUACAGUUAACUUUGAUACACGCCACUACUACUAUCACUACUACUAC